ACGAGUGUGUGCUCACACUGAGAGAGGAGGUGGUGGAGAGUGUAUGUAGGCAUGCAAGUGAGAACCAAGAGAAGGAGUGACAGGCAAGAGGGAAAGAGAAGCCAGGUGCUUUUACUCAUCUUACCACUGAUACACUCCUCACAAACACACACACACACACACGCACACACACACUGAAGGAACUACAACCUCUACUAAAGCAGUGAACUGACACGUGUGUGUGUGUGUGUUUUCUGCGCUCGGAGCGAGUCUGAGGAUACACGGAUGAGAAAGAGGUGUGGGGGAGCCAAGGAAGAGGAGCCCGAGUGUGUUUUCGCCCCAGGGGGAGCUCACACACUCACCGCAGACAGCACACACACUCCAGCGGGCACUCGGCACUGUUUCCCUGACAACUAGAAUGGGCUGCAAUUUGUGCACCUUGCAGAAACGGGAGGAACACUAUAAACUGCUGUAUGAGAUUGCACAGGUGAAUGCGCGCGACUUCUCCAAGGUCAACCAUGAGGAGACAGUGGUGGAGGCCAUCAGGCGAGACCCCAUAGUUGUCCAGGUCCUCCGGCGGACCCCCACCAGAGCCACGGCUGCUGUUGCACCUAACCACAGCGGCACACCACAGGAUGUGUGUGUGGUAGAUGUUUGCACGCAAACGGACAUCACCUUUGAGCACAUCAUGGCACUGGCGAAGCUUCGGCCUGCUACUCCACCCGUUCCUGACAUCUGUCCCUUCCUUUUGUCUGACAGUUGUCAUUCCAUCCACACCAUGGAACGUGAGUUUUAUGAAUGUCCAGAGUACCUGUCUAAUACCCCAGCAGAGGUGGAGAGGACUGAAGAGUAUGAGUAUGAGGAGGUGGAGCUGUGUAGGCAGAACAGCCAGGAGAAGCUUGGCUUGACGCUGUGCUACAGGACGGACGAUGAAGAGGACACCGGCAUCUAUGUCAGCCAGGUGGAACCGAACAGUAUAGCAGCAAGAGAUGGACGCAUCAAGGAAGGAGAUCGUAUUCUACAGAUAAAUGGCUGUGAAGUGCAAGACAGAGAGAAAGCUGUUGCCUUGCUGUCAAGUGAAGAAGCAAGGAGCAUCAUACUACUGGUAACAAGGCCAGAAAUCCAGCUGGAGGAGGAGGUAUGGCUGGAUGACGAGCAACAGGAGCUUGUGGAAGAGCUGAAGAUGGAGAUCCUGGAGGAAAGGAGGAAGCACAAAGAACAUAGCUUUGACAGAAGAGAUGAGCAUAAAGCUGAAGAAGACAUGACAACAGACACAGCUACCUGUUCCUCCAACAAUCAAGACAAAGACAGUGGAUUUGGAUGCAGUACAGACAGUCCAGAGCACCAACCCUUGCUGGCUAGACUCCACAGGAGGACCCCAGUCCAUUGCCUGAGAGACCGAUGGCGGGCAGAGCAUCCACACACAAGACGAGGGACUGUAGUGCCACAAGACACCCAGGGUCCGAGGACAUCGUCCAAAGGUCAAGGCCAUGAAGGGGUAGUCAGUAUUCGCAAUGGUGGAGGUGGGAUCCUAGGUUUAGAGAAUCGCUUCCAGCAACUCUUGGAGCUCAAGUGUCAAAUCCGGAAUGGAGGCGAGUGUGGGGUGUACUCCAUUCGACACAGUAUAGAGUGUAGUCUCACUGAGCAAGGAGGAGGGGAUGGAGAUGGCGUAGAUGGUGUUGGAGGAGGAAAUGGAGUGGAGCAGGAGUUGAGGUUGCUAAAUGAGGAACUGCGCAGCAUUGAGCUCGAGUGCCAGAGCAUCAUGCAGGCACAUCAUCUCCGCCAGACCCACCAGCCAGACUCCUCACAACCCACGUCCUGCUCACCAGGACACAAGCGACACGGCAGGUUGGCCGACAUCCACGAAUACCCGGAGAGGUUGGACAGCGAUAAGAUCAGAGAGAAGGACAGCUCCAGUGCCUACAACACGGCGGAGAGUGCGCGGUCGACACCACUAGGUACGGAGAGAUCUCCUGAUCAUUCUCUGCAGAGACACAUCAGCAUCACCAACCAGAAAAACCUCAGACUGGCUUCCUCCACACCCUCCAGCCCCAUCCCUAUCCCCAAGCCCCAGGGUACACCCAGUCGUUGCAGGCCAGCAGACCCAGGCUCUGUUAUCUCCAGCAGUCCAGAUCAGAGCAACCCUUCCCGGUCUGAGUCAGAUCCUGCCCUGCCUGCAGACGAUGAGCGGUGUGAGAAGAAAGGGAGGACCAGAGAUUCCACGAGGGGGCUUCCCUAUGGUUCUUCAUAUCAGACAACCCCCUAUCAAGGCCAGGGAGGAUCCAGGCAACUUCAGAGCUAUAUGCAGCUGCUACAACAGCACUCAUCCCUGGAGUAUUCUCAGAGCCAGCUGAGUCUGCUCAGUGUCUGUCGAGAUCCCAUGCACAGGAACGGACGCCCUGGGGAACCCCGUCUAGAGUGGAAGGUCAAAGUUCGCGCUGACGGUACACGCUACGUGGCCCGGAGGCCUGCUCGUGACCGCAUUCUAAGGGAGCGGGCACUAAGGAUCCGAGAGGAGAGGAGCGGAGGCAUGACCACAGAUGACGAUGCUAUGAGUGAGAUGAAGAUGGGCCGCUACUGGAGCAAAGAGGAGAGGAAGCAGCACUUAGUACGGGCCAGGGAGCAAAGGAAGAGGAGAGAGUUCAUGCAAAAGAGCCGCCUUGAGUGUCUAAAGGAGGGGCCAGGCAGUGGAGCUGAGGGCAGGAAGGAGAUCAAUAUCUUGGAGCUCAGUCACAAAAAGAUGAUGAAGAAACGAAACAAAAAGAUCCUGGAUAACUGGAUGACCAUCCAGGAGCUGAUGAGCCAUGGAGCUAGAAUCCCAGAGGGCUCCAAAGUACAUAACGCCUUCCUAUCGGUCACAACUGUCUAGUGGACACAAAUAGUACUAAUGAUAUUAUGAUACAAAUGAUACUUGCAGUACUAAUGAUACUACCUGAUAUUAAAGUGUUAAUAUCAGGUAGUAAAGUAUCAGUAUCAGUAAAGUACUGAACAUUUUAAUUAGGGAGCACGCAUUUCAGGGGCUACUGCUUUAUGUAAAAAUGUGUCAGUUUUUGAAAUUAAAUAAAGAAUGUCACUGCUGAGGACUUCUGUAGCAUCCCUAAGGCAACUUUGUAACUAUCCCUUUGAGAAUGUUGGAAUAGUUCUUUAACUCUAUCAUUACAAGACCUCAGCCAUUCAAAACAUGACUUUUCACUGUUUUUACACUGGCUUUUUGGUAAUGCACUGGCUUCUGAUAGCAGAUGAUUUUGGUAGCAUAUUGGUUCAAACAGAUACACAGAAAAAACUUAAGAACCAACACAUUAACUUGUAUACUAUGUAUUGUGUCUCCAUAUUCUCCAUUCUUCUGUUUCAUUGCAUAUGAAGUGACUUCACUUGCCUCGUUCAAGGUGGCAUUUUUUUAUAAUGGGUAAAAUACAAUAUUUUUCACACUUUGUAAACUCAGUAACUUUUUGUAAGGGAAUUUUUACACUGAAUGUCAAUGUACUGUAAACAUUUUAUUGCAAUUUCUUAUUUAUCUUUGUAUCACCAGACCAACAAGGUCAGAGUUCACACUAUUUGAUUGUACUGUAGCCUGCAUUGUAUGCCAGACCAACACAAAGAGAAAUUUGUGAACUUUGUGAAAUCCCUGAAGGACAACAACUCCCCAACUCAAAACACUCCUUUCAUUGUGUUGAUAAUGUCACUUAAGUCAGAGUCUUCUGAAAAAAGCACUGAAAAUAUCAUUAUGCUAUCUCAAAAGCUCAUUUUAUUUAUGAGUUUUACCUCAACUUACAGUCAAAACUCUGAUCUAUCGAGUGGUUGAAUGAACCUGGUUAAUUCAAACAUUGACUUAAGUAACCCUUGAGUCAACCCUGAACCCUUACUAUAAACCAUAAAUGUGUGAAUUAUGUUUAAAAUGUUAAAUAGAUUCAUAUUUAUAUUGUUUACUGUUAUUUCUAUUUAUUGUAAAUUAAUUUUUAUGGUCCGUCUGAUAAAUGUUUCACGUUAAAUGGCUACCCCUGAAAGACCAACACAAGGCGCUGUCAAGAAAAUGUAUCAUAUUGCAGCCUUUCAACUCAAACCUGCUGCUUUUCACUGUACAGUUCAUUGAAGAGGCCUUGAGUUCAGUAUUUGUUGAUGGUGAUAUUUGUAAUAAAACAAUAAUAAUAAAAAUGAUUAAGAAAGA